GUCAUUUACGCGGGAUAAAAACGCGCAUACAAAUAUAAACUCAAUUGUUUCAGUGUAAGGUUGAUUUCAGCCUGGAUUUGUGUCCGUUUUAGACAUUCUUAUGUUGUACAGUAUAUAGUCGAGUUUAGAUCGGUACUUAAAAAACGUACACAAGUGCAUAAUGUAUGAAUUAAUGCGUCGUUAUAAAAAAGUGUUGGUAUCAAAGUUGGAAUUAUUCAAUGAACUAAAGACAUAGUGGCGUGUGGUCGACAAUGUGACUUCAUCAUGGUGAUUUUGAGAAAGUUUAUGUGUUCAAGUCUUCGCGACGAGUUAUCCGUCGGCGAGGACAAGUGGAAACAACGACGUAACCUCAUCUUCGACCAAAACAGACAGCUGGAGGAGGUGACCAGAGAAAGGGAUGACUUAAAACGCGUAGCAGUAAGCCUGCAUCGCGUGGUUGGUCAGCUCGUGGCGUACUGCGCGAGCGCAGAGGACGAGCUCAACCGCACUGUACUGGCGCAGCUACUCGCCCGGUUAAUGCCAGGGGAAAACGAAACGUUCAUAGAGGACGACUCUCGGCCGACGACUCCGAACCUGUCCACGGAACUGAACCAGAGCUUGGUGUCCCGGAGUGGGAAGCACGUGCAUUUCGCGCCAGAUCUCAACGCUAUACUCACUGAUUUAGAUGAGGAGGGUAUAGUGAAUUUCCUGCAACAACAGCGUGAUCUCAGUGCGGAUAUUAAGAAGGAACUAGAAAGUUCUCUACGAAGGCUAAGACAUGAAGCGCAUUCCCUGCUUGACCUGUCCGCUAAACUUGCUUCUAGGAUCCGUCGAGACACUGGUAACAUGCUGGAGUCGAGUAUACAGAUCACGGAGCUAGUUCAGGAACUCGAUAACAAACAGAACUGUGACAACUGUGAGAUGCAUAGAAAGAAUAUGGAGGAAGCCAUGGCGGAGUGUCUCCAACGUGAAAACUUGCUUCGUUCCGACCUGGAGGCCGCUAUGAUCAAGAUCGCGCAGCUCAUGACCAGCGGGGAUGUUAUCGCUGAAGGAUACGGUACAGGUCCGCAGCCAGUGUCGGGGCAGUGCCGCGCGCGGCCCGCCCCCCCGGCGCCGCAGUCCCCGGAGGGGGGCAGCUCCCCGCGCCUGCAGCGCCUGGCGCACGACCUGGACUCGCUGCAGCGCGAGCGGGACGACCUCGUGCAGCAGUUGGAGGCCGCCAACCGGCAGUUGCGUUCGACGCGGCAGUUCGUGGAGGAGCAGGCGGCGGAGCGCGAGGCGGAGCGCGACGACUGGGCGCGCCGCGAGCGGGACCUCACGGACGACGCCGCGCGACUCACUGCCCGUCUGCAGAACAACGCCAGGAUACUCAACGAGGUGGAACAGCUCGAAGCGCAAACACGAGAGAUGAACCAAAUUAUAGCGGAACUAGAAACACGGAAGACAUCCACAGACAACGAAUUGAAAGCCUCCGAAGAGAAAGUCUCCUUACUUCGAGACAUCAUCGCUAACUUGGAGAAUCAACUAGAACAAAAAACUACACACGAGAAUGAAAUAUUGGAACAGUUAGAAGAAAUGAAGAAUACUAUCGAAGAAAGAGAUAGCAAGAUGAGGACUUUGCUAGGUGAACUGGAAUCGCUAAAGAGUGAGAGAGCCGAACAGAGUGAUGUUGUUUGUGACAAGUGUGGACAAGACGAAGUAAAGGCUACGGAGUUAAUGGAGAGGGUUAAGGAACAGUGUCAGUACUUGGAAGAUAUGGUACACCGGCGCACGCGCAAAAUGGAGCGCAUCCAUGAGGUCUGCUCUACUAGCUGCAGCGAGCCCAGCGAGGAUGUGUCACUAAGAGACCAGCGACACAGGGAUCUGGAGAUGAAGUCCCCGGAGCCGGACUCGUCCCCCCUUGCGCCGCCAGUGAGCGAGCUGGCGGGCGUGUGGGAGUGCAUGCAGGCACACGCGCGCGCGGAGGACGCCGUGCUCAAGCGGGUCGCUGACCUCGAGAUGCAGCGCGCCCAGCUCAAGGAUAUUGCGCAGGAGGUCCGCGCGGAACGCGAUGUCCUGCAGGCGCGCAUGUCGGAGCAGGCGCUGAAGAUCUCGUCACUGUCAGCUCGCCUGCAGCAGCAGCGCAAUGACGCGGAGGCACUGUCCCACCAGGCCACCAGCCAACUCUCCGUACAGCUGCAUGACGCACUCGCUGAGGUGCAAAGGCUGAAGGAAGAGUUGGAGUCGAAAGACAAGCAAUUGGCUCGAGUCAAACAGAACUUGGAGGAGAGGGAGAAGCUUCAAGAUGAGCAUCACUCCUUGUAUGGAAAUUCAUGUAACCCCAAAGAUAAAGUAAUAAUAUUAGAACGCGAGCUGUCCACCGCUCAGUCGCGCAUAGCUCAGUUAGAGAGCCUAGCACGUAGUUUGGAGAAAGACAAGGAACAACUACAUGCCGCCGUCAGGGACCAUCAAAGAGCACUGGCAGAGAAAGAAGACCAAUUGCAAGAAUUACUUGCGCUAAAAUUGGACGAAGACAACCAAAAGGAGGAGAAUGGCGACGUAUUGGAAGGGAAAGUUUCUGCACGGACUUUAAGCGACAUCGUGUCUAUAUCAGAGUUCGACGAGCAGGACCUGCAGAUGCGCAGGGCCGAGCUGAAGGGACAGAACACAAGUAUCACUGGCGCCCAGCUCGCCGACACCACAAAGGAAAGAACUCUAAACAGAACAUUACCACCUGAACUAGACAAAGCAAACAUGAGUUCCCUCAACUUAGAAUAUAUUGACCAUUUCGACCUGCCCGGUUUGACCCCGCGGGCUGACUCACUACCGGCACAUCUAACCUCCACACAGCAGAAAGACCUACUCAAACAAUACAAGAGAAAUGUCAACGAAACUACAAUGUUCGGCAUAGAAAUGAAACAUGCUCAAAUCAUUCAAGAUAAUUGCUCAAUGUACCCCAACAGAGACGCCAACGACAGCAAAGACCUGAGCGUCGAACCAAAGAAAAUUAACUUUUCUUUGGAAACUACCGACAAUAAAACACAUAACGACUUUACCUCGCUGGGAGAGUUAGGAAUAACGUUGGACGUGAAACAAGAAAACUUCCCAGACAUACUGACCCAAUUGAAACACGAGAUCAAAAAAUCUAGAACAGAGUUAGAUAAUUGUAAGUCUGAACUGAAAAACGCAGAAGAACAGCUCUGUGAGUUCCCUGCCUUGAAAGAGGAAGUAGAAGAACUAAAAGGGCUUCUAGAAAACACCAUGGCCACCAUGGAGCACGACAAGAAGUUCUAUGAAAAUCAAUUAGAUAAUUUCUCGUCAAACAAAAAGCUACUCGAACAGAGACUAGCAGAACUGACACAAGAAGUCAACGAUAAAUCUAAAGACUUGCAUUUACUUAAAGAAGACAUUCUAAGGCGAGAAAAUAUGAUAUUAGAACUCGCCAAGGAAAAGCGGACCUUGACCAACAAAAUGGCUGAAUUAGAAGUAAAGAUUGAUGAACUUCAAAGUAAAAAUAACGCUUUGGAGAAAUAUGAAAACGAUAAAGUUAAUGAACUACAGAAGCUGCAACAACUCGUUUCUGAGAAGAAUCAACAGAUCGACAGUUUGAACCAACAUCUAGAUAGGUUGGAUGACCUGCAACGGUGUCUUAAUGACAAAACGGAAGAGUUGGAAAAUCUCAAGGAGGCCUUCGAAGAGAAAUCCAACGAAGUUUUUAACUUACAAGACACGGUAGACGCGUUAAAUCGAGACAUAUCUAAACUAAACGAGGAAAAUGAUAAUCUGAACUCUCACAACAAAGACUUAAAGUUGAAAUUGACUAAACUAGAGAAAGAACAAGAGAAUGCGUCUUUGAAACUACAGAGCAACGAGAGUGAGUUAGCCAGAGUGAAUUCAUUGAACAAUGAAUUAAUAACGACUAUAGAUGAACUGAAACUGUUGACUGACAAGUUAAAGGACAAGGAGACAGAAAUAGAGAUCCUACACGAAGAUAUUAACGCGUUCCACGAGGAAAUUGCUUCUUUAAAGGAACAGCUGAAGAUGGUGUCAAGAAGUCCUUCGCCGCGGAACAAGAGUGGAGACGAGAGGAAGUCACUGGAUCGACAGGCCAGCAAUGACAAGAAGCAGCUCGCCAAGAUACGGAAACAAAUAUCACUUCUACAACACGAGCUGGACUUCAACAAGAAGGAACUCAACGAUAAGGCGUUUGAGUUGGCCAAAGCGAAGCUAGACGUGACAGAACUCCGGAACAACCUAAGUCAGGCCAACAAGCAGACGGCGGACAAGGAGGUGGACAACGCAGAGCUCAGGCAGCGCGCGGACAGCUUGCAGCGCGACAUACUGCAACAUGUCGCUGAGAAGGAACAGCUCGCUCUACGGCUGCAAGCUGUCGAGGACAGGAUGCGAGAAGAGUCGAACGUAGGCGAGUUGAAAAAUAAACUACGCCAGAAAGUGGAGAGAUGUCAGGAACUUGAAGUGGAACUAGAAAAUUUAAGGGAACUUGUCGACAGAGUCCGCGUGUCCCCGGCGCGUGAGUCCCCGCAGCGCGGGGGUCGCGAGCUGGCUGUACGCUCGCCCACUGCGGAACUAGAGCGCGCCCUCAGGGACCAACUCGACUACUCGCACACACUCGAUGAGGACAUCAUGGAACAGAUUCUAUCAGCUAGCAGUGACGAAAGAGAGGAUAUACCUCGUCUAGCUUUAAAUACAUCCAAAUCAUCAAGCUCAAUACACUCCUCGUCAUCGGACCGGCUCAACAGACUGAGAAUCGAAAAUGACAAGCUAGUGAUGCAGGUCAACAACCUCGAGGCCAGGCUCAAAGAUAAAGACGCACUGAUUACUGAACUUAACAGGGUCCGCGACAAGUUGGUGUCGGAGUGGCAGGCCAGCAAGUUGCGGUACGAGGCCGAGCGGGACAACUGCGGCAGGCUACAGCUACUGCUCGAUACACACAAACAGACUGCCGACUCGCUGCAGAGCCAGGACUCCAACAUGAUCCAGAUCCUGAAGAAGCGCCUGGAAGCGUCCAUGCAGUCGGAGCUAGAGCUCCAGCAGAGGGAACAAGAGUCCCGCGCGCGACUGGCGCAGCUACAGAGGCAGGCGCUCGACUCUACCGACCCUGCGCAUGCGCAGCUGCAACAUGAGAUGGAAAACAACGAGCGUCUAAAAGGCGAGGUGUCCCUUCUGAAGUCUAAGCUGGAAGUGGAGCGCACUCGGUACAUGGACCUGCAGGCCAUGCUGGACCAUACUCGCCUGCAGUACGAGAGGGAACUCAAUGCCAAGAACGAACAGUGCUCAGCUCUCAAGGGUGAACUUGCUGAAGUGAAAAGACUGAAGCACGACGCGGGCGUACAGUUACUUCGAUCUAAAGAGCUGAUCAACACACAGAGCAGUACUAUUGCGGAACUGGAGAGGAAGCUGGCUUCCUCAAACAACCAUCGGCCUGUCGUCGAUGCACUAACUGAAAUAGAGAGUACGAAGUCUGAGCUGUCCCGCGAGUUGGCCGCUCUGAAGCGUUGCCUGGAGGCCGUGAGCCCACGCCAGCGUGCGCGCCCGCACGCUGAGGCGCACACACAGACACAGCCCGCCCACGCCGCUCACGCCGCCACCCCUGCGCCACAUAACGACGACCGUGACCACGCCGUGAGUCUCUACCCUAUUAAAUGCCUCCGAUGCUUCCUCCAGUGUUUCUGUUUAUAGAUAUAAGUGUUUUGCUUCUAUUAUGUCUCUGAUUUAUAAUAAUAAGCUCGGUUUACC